AUGAAAAAGCAAUUGAAACGAAUACAAUUUAUUCAUCGACGACAAAAUGAGGAAUGUCGAAGAUUCUGGCAAAUUGUUGAUGAUCAACAUAUGAUCACACUGGAAGAUGUUUGGAAAAACGCUAAUCUGUCGUCAUUAAUUAAUAACCAUAAAUUUUAUUCGUGCCAAACGAAAACAUUGUUACCUGAUUGGUAUCAUGUUGAUUUGUUGUAUGAUAAUGAACGAAUUUUGAUCGAAGAAUUUGAUCAAAGUCCGACAAUCAAUAAACCCUCAAUUAUUAAACCGGAAGAUUUGAAAAUUCUCUCAAAGAAGAAGCAAUUGAAUGUAGUUCUUACUAAUCGAUCAUUUGUUAUUACUAAUAAACAUUCGAUUCCGAAGGGUUUCUAUCACCAGUGGGACAAUGGCAAAACGCACAGAGCAACACAUAGCUGUCGAUUGAUAUUCUAA